UUUAAUAAUGAAAAAUGACACAAUUAAAAUAUAUAUCAUCUUAUAUAGAAAGAACUAAUUGUUUAUAUAUAUCUUUUUUUUUUUUAAUCUAGUUUCUUAUUGUGGAAAUCUGGGUAGUACGUCCAUUUCAAUGUGGUCGUAGAUCAAAUAAAACUAAUUUAAAACAACGACAAAUUGAUUAUCUUAAAACAAUUUUUCAAACUGCAUUUCUUUUUGUACUUGGUAUUGCUAUUUGUUUUCUAAUUACUGAAGUUGGUAAACGUACAAUUGGUCGAUUAAGACCAUAUUAUAUAACUAUUUGUAAUCCUAUUUGGGCUCAAAUUCAAUGUACAAAAACAUUACAAACAGCAAGUGGUCCACUGGUUGUUUCACAAUAUAUUACAAAUCAUCGUUGCGAUUCAACUGCACCAGCAAGAGACAUUCAAGAAGCAAAACUAUCGUUUCCAUCAGGUCAUGCAAGUUAUUCAACAUAUGCAUUUGUCUUUUUAUUUGUUUAUUUUGAAGCACGUCUUGUUUGUCCAAAUAUUCAAUUUCUUAAGCCAUUUCUUCAAUGUUUAUGUAUUGCAGUAGCAUUUUUUACUUCAUUAUCACGUGUUACAGAUUAUAAACAUCAUGCAACAGAUGUUAUUGGUGGAGCAAUAAUUGGUUUUUGUAUUGCAGUUUUUGCAGCUGUACGUGUUGGUACAUAUUUAUGGAGUUUUGGUGUUUAUUGUGAAACAGUUGAUGAAACAAAAAAAGAACGUUUACCAGAAGAUGAACGUGUUCCUAUACCUGGUAUUGAAACAAAACAAAGUGGUGCAUUACGUUCAAAUGAUCAAAUACAAUUAGAAAAUACUCAUGAGCAACGUCAACCACCUAUAAUACAUUCUCGUAAUAAUACAAGAUCACAUUAUGAUAGUGGUAUAUCGGUAAUAGAACAGAAAAAUACUUUGAAUUCGAAAUUUCAUGGAGGAGGAGGAGGACGACGUGUAUCACCAAAUGGAGUUUUUGAAGGACCAAAUAAUUAA